AUGGACAAGAUAGUAAAGUCACUCAAAACAACCAAGAGAAGGCUCAGUCAGCAAUUUAAGGUGGCGACGGGAAAGUCAGAAAUUACGACGGAUGCAACCUAUGACUUGGCCUUUCACCAGUUCUCAGAAGUGGAAGGAAAUCUGAAGAUGCUGGGAACACAGUGCGUGUCUUUGAUUCAGAACGUGGAUACGUGGUGCGACACAAACCGAAGACUUGCUGACGAACUUUUGCGUUUCACAAGUAAGUCCGAUGUAGGUACGACCGACAUGAACACAUACAAAAUCGCCAUUACUAACCUGCACAAUGUUCUGCAAGGAGAGUAUGAUUAUACUCGCAGAGCGAUUAUUUGCGUUCUCCGUGCUCACAUAUUGAAGCGAAUCGAGCAGCUGCUAGAUGGCGAGUUUGCAGAAGUGGGAAAGGUGGUGAAAACGCGCAAGAACAUUGUUACAGAUUACGAUUCGCACCGCAACAAAUGCAGCAUGUAUGAGCGAAAAGGAGACUCGGUAAACGCAGAUAAAUUCAGAAUGAAAAUGGACCACGAUUAUCAAAUGCUUCAAGAACAUACCGCGUAUCUUGAAAAGAGGUUUGAAGAAUUGAUUGCAAAAGGAUCCGCGAUUCUCUCCCAUGAAACCGCUACACUCGUGGCAUGCGAAAUCUUCCUGGUGGAACGGCAGAACGAGGCGAUGAAAACGAUUUCGUCAAGUUUCGGGGACGAAUCGGUGAAGAAAGUGACGCAAAGCAUCGAAGACGUUGUGGAUCGCAUCAAGUGUGGAGAGAACGUUGAAAUGAACUACGUGGCUCCAGAAAUCGCCAUGCCCGAGUCUACCUACAUAGAGCCUCCAGUAUUCCGCGAUUUCAACAUGCUGGACCCGAAACACACAGUGAGUGAACAUUACUCGCAGCCUCUCCCCACUCCUCCUCCCAAGCCCAAUCGUGUCGUGCAGGCUCUCUAUUCCCUGGACAGCGCCGAGGCCGGCGAGCUUUCGUUCAAGGAGGGAGAUCGAAUCGAGGUCAUUCGCGAAGAUCCGAGCGGCUGGUGGGAAGGAAGACUCGACGGAAAGAUGGGCCGCUUCCCCUCAAACUACACAACGGCAAUCUGCUCUGUUUCUUGCAACAAACACGUCAGCGCAAUCAUUCCUUAUUCACACUAUUCACAUCCCACAGACAGAUCAUUCGAUCCAGUCCCGCGGUUAGAAUGCCAUUAUUGUUCCAGUCGCACGACACAAUCAUUCGACUAUGUCCGUUCCCCCCUCCCGACAAAAUAG